AUGAAGGUGUACCUGGCUCUCUUGGCUCUUGCCCUUUGCGUUUUAUACGCUGCGCGCUACGCUCGUCAAGCCAAACCCGCCGACGACGAGGACGCCGGUGAGGACGAGCCGGACGACGCGGCCGCCUCCAAGCCGGCCUCCGCCAAGGGCUCCGCGUCCGCCUCGGGAUCGGCCUCCUCUUCCGGGUCAUCCAGCAGUUCUUCGUCGUCGUCCUCCGGUGGCGAUGAUGACAGCGCCUCCGGCUACGGACCCAAACCCACCAAACCGACCACCACAACAACGACCACAACGACGACCACCACCACGACGCAGAAGCCGUCCACGAAACGACCCCGCCCCGGCUACGAGCUGAUCAACACCGGUGUCACGGAGGCCAUCUUCCGGCCCAAGCCGCGCGGCCGCACCGCCUUCGACCGGAAGUGA